ACCCAAUACGUACCCAAUCCAUACCCGACCGCUGUCACUACUGGAUGCAUUAGUUACUGCGUUUGCACUACCUCUGCACAUGCACAUGCACACUGCACACUGCACACAUUCACUACUGCUACUGCUAGGUACAUGCACUGCAGUUGCACUACCUAACAACCUAUCCUCCUCAUAUCAUCACUUCCUCCUGUCUCCACCUCACCUCAUUUACCUGCGCUCUCCUAACUCCCCUUCCAUCUCCUACCGCCUAGUCUAGUCUACUAUUAUGUAUACUACCCGUCGUCGUCUUCAUCCAUCAUGACAACCCCCGACUCCUCUUGCUCCCCUCCCGCCAACUCUCCCUCUCCCUCCUCAUCCGCCUCCACGUCGACUGCUGCCUCCUCCACCCACCGGCAACUCCCCCAGGACAGCAACACGGCGACCAACCCCGAUACGAGCUCCGACAACUUCGACGACACCACCGAUAUCAUCAAGCGCCUCAAGGCCAUGACCACGGUCCCUCCCGUCAUUGAAGAAGAGCCUACCACCGCUUCCAGCACUUCCACCUCCUCUCUCUCCACCAUGGGCGAAUUCAACUCUCUCAGCCGCCAGACGAGCAACUCCUCUGACGACAGCUUCACCUCCCAGCACCAGCGACGACCCACUACGCCGCGCGCGCAGACCGACCCUUCGGCGCUCGACAUGUUCUCCACCCACAGUCCCCGUCCGCGCAACCGAUCUCCAUACUCCCGCUCGCACCUACGCUCCCACAGCAGCUCCAGCUCCCUCAGCGCUCCUCCCAUGCUUCGCGCACACUCGCUGCCUUCGGUCAUAAACUCCAGCGGCCACCUCUCUCUUGCACCCUCUCCCAUACCCUUCCAUCGCCCGGCCUCUCCUCUCCGCUCUCCCAAGCGGACCCGGAGCCCGAUGAAGUUGGCAGAGGACUCGUACAUUCACUCAGGUGCUCCCAGCGUUUGCGAUAUAUCCGAGGAUGCCGAGCUGGAAUUGACCCCUCGGGCGAGCGGUGGAUUGUCCUAUACUCCACUCAUCCACUCGUCCCCUACGUAUGCAUCCAACGGGCCCCUUCCUCGCCCCAACAGGAGGCGUCCGGCUUCGCCCUUGUAUCAUACCGUGCCCUUCGGCUCGGCAAUCAGCUCUCCUGCCGUUCGCACGCCGACGUCGAACCCCAGCUCCCCACUUCUUUCGGCCCAGAAGUUCAACGAACCGUUCCCCGGCACGAGCUCUACCUACUCAUCUUCGGUUACCUCUUCGAUGCCAUCUACCCCUACCUCCAUGCGCUCCCGCAGUCCCUCCAUUUCGUCUCUCGAGACUAUCCCCGAUACCCCAGAUGCCGAGGCAGAGGCAAUCGAGGAAGAGCGCAUCGCGAAGAUGCGGGCCAUCGUGGAAGGCGACAAGGACGGUGAGGAAGGAACGAGGAGGUCCAGUUUGGAUGUUCCCGGGGAGAGACGCACCUUGGGGUUCGGCAAGCGAGAUGCUCGCAAGAGAUGGAGUGUCUGCGGUGCCGAAAGGCGAGGAGACCUGGACUUGGAGACCAUCUGGGAAGAUUGAGUCGCCCAAAAGGGCAUAAGGUCGCUUGACACAGCGACUCUCGUCUGGUGGAUUUUCCUCCAAAGAAAAAGAGAAAAUCGGGACAUGCCGUAAUGGUAUUCCCUGUACAACAGCAUUACCGGAAGUUUUUCAAUUGGGAUAGG